GCGCAUGCGCAAGAGGAACCGCGAAGAAGGUGAAGAUGGCGGCGUUGAGGGCAGGGGUCCUGGGAGUCCGAUGGCUGCAAAGGACAUGCCGGAACGCAGUGCCGUUAGGAGCACGGACAGCCUUCCACAUGACCAAAGACAUGUUGCCGGGGCCCUAUCCCAAGACCCCCGAAGAACGCGCCGCCGCCGCCAAGAAGUAUAACAUGCGUGUGGAAGACUACCAGCCUUACCCGGAUGAUGGCAUGGGGUAUGGUGACUAUCCGAAGCUCCCUGACCGCUCACAGCAUGAGAGGGAUCCGUGGUAUCACUGGGACCACACGGACCUGAGGACGAACUGGGGUGAACCGUUACAUUGGGACAUAGACAUGUAUAUCAGGAACCGAGUGGACACAUCUCCCACACCUGUUUCUUGGGAUCUCAUGUGUAAGCAGCUCUUUGGCUUCGUGGCUUUCAUGGUUUUCAUGUUCUGGGUUGGAGAUGUUUUUCCCAGCUACCAGCCUGUGGGGCCAAAGCAAUAUCCUUAUAAUAAUCUGUACCUGGAACGAGGCGGUGACCCCACCAAAGAACCUGAACCAGUGGUUCACUAUGAGAUCUGAGGAGGCUUCGCCGGCUUUUGUGCCCUCAAACUAGGGUUCCCUCAUUCCUAGAGAUUUAACCUUAAUAAAAUCCCUAUUAAAACUCAGUGCUGUGA